AAACCAGGAAAACAGGGAAGUGAUUUCAAUCCACACUCACUUCCUUUCUUCUUGCGGUAGAGCAGAAAUAAAGAUUUUGUGACUUCCAUUAGACGGCUUGUCAAUGAUGAUAAGAAACUCAGAUGAACAUGUACAAUCAACAAUCUCUACAGUUGAAGACUGUCAAAAUAACAUCUCAGUGGACCUUUUCCUGCAUCUCUCACUCGUACCGGCGGUGCUGAUUGCAGGGGUGCUGUCAUUCCUCCAGAGACGAGCCCAGAGAUUGGCUAUUGACCAGAGAUUGCCCUUCUUAGAAGGGCGAUUUGCCAUUGUGGUGCCUUUGGAUACUGUAGGAAGUCUCAGUAACCGCUGGUCCUAUGGCUUUGCAUUUGGUGCCGUGUCAAGCAGCGUUUUGCUGCUCUUCUCGGAAAAUUAUGUCCCCUUCACUGUCCCAUCCUGGGCCAAAGCUAUAGUGUACCUGAUUGGAGCUUUAGAAGUGGGCCUGGUGUAUUUUCCUUUCUUUGCCUGUCUGUCCACACCAUUCAGAAUGGCUGGAGCUGUAUUAGGAAUACUCUACUCUGCAUCCUGGAUCAUCAUCACAGUCUGGGAUACAUUCACCUGUCCCAGUGGUAAGAUUCUGGGUAAAUACCAGAAGAUAAUUUCCCAGUGGCCUUGCAUCCUCUCACUCAUAUUCCUCUUGGGACGAUAUAUUUACAUGUUGGUUAAAGAUAUUCGCAUACGUCUGCAAAUGGAAUCAGAGGACCCUGAAGAUCUGGUUGGGCAACACCAGGCACAGCAUGUGAAACGUUUGCUGAGAAAAACCCCUGAGGACAGCAAACCACUUAGUUGGUUCCAGAGAAGAGUGUAUGAGUGGGACCCCUACUUCAAGUUUCCCAGCAGGAUUAUUGGCACUGUCAUUAUAUCUCUUAUAGGCCUGUAUACGAUGACACUGGCAGACUACAGUCUCAGUGAUGUUGCCUUUGACCAACUAGAAAAUUGGAAGAAUACAUUAAAACCCCUGGUUAUCUCAUGUAACCAGACUGAAGCUCUGGGAUACAUGAUCCCACAGCUAGAAGAAUUCAUCAGCGUGGCCAGGAAAUCUUGGCUUGCCACCACCAUCCUUGCCAGUCUCAACUCUGUAGCUUAUACCUUUCAUAUUUUGGCAUGUUACAGGAAACAUUUGAGAAGACUGUGGAAGGGACAGAAGGGUUUUCUUCCUGAGAGGUUUCACAACCCUCGUUCCGCAGUUAGUGUUGCUUCCAUUGCAAGAUAUUCUGGAUGGCAAAUAGCUUUUACACUGUGGGGCUACCUGAUUGUCCACUUUGUACACUUCUUGUUUGCUCUGCUGUUUGCAUACGUGGUGGUUCUACCAAUAAUGCAUGGAACUGCACUGAGCAUGUUCUCAAACCUUGGACUCAUAAUUUUAACCAUUGGGAUGGUUAUCUGCUUGGUAAUUCUUCAGAUAGUACUAGUUCAGGUGUUCUUCCUUCAGGACAAAAUGUCUCCCACAGAUAAAGAGAAACCUCUGGCUCUCAACAACAGAAAAGCAUUCCACUGCUUCAACUACUUCUUCUUUUACUACAACGUGGUGAUGGGAAUCAGCACCUGCAUAAUAAGGCUGUUGCUUAGCAUUGUGGUUGGAACAUGGCUGGUAUCUCGUAUAGAUCGGACUAUAAUGCAGAGGGGAUAUGAAAAAAUGGAUGCUGGCUACAAUACAUGGAUUGGGAUGAUUUUUGCUGACCAUUAUCAUAACAACCCAGUCAUGGUGUGUUUCUGCCAGGUUUUGAUCUCCACAACUCUAGAGAGGCACCGUUCAUUGACGUAUGCCUCAUUUGAUACUAUUCUAUCAGCAUCCCCUGUGAAUAGCCAGGCCAGGAGGCGCUGGGCAUUGUUUUACACCUUACUGAAGAACCCUCAACUGAUCCUGCUCAGGAAACACCACCUCUCUUCAUCAUCAAUAGUGUCAUCUCACCCAACAGACACAGAAGUGAGGGCUUGGGUCAUGGCAUCUCAAACACAGAGGUGCCAGUCAGUGGCUGAAGCAUCACCAAAAAUCGUUACUACACCAGAGGAAGACUGUUAAAAAUAAACUCUAUGGUUCUUAUAUUCACUCUUGGUGGCAGCAUGGCGUUGUCCGUUGAAAUGUUAACUGUACUAUAAUUCUAAUGUUUUUUCUGAGUUUGUUUGAUUCCGUCUAUCUGGUAAUAUUUUGGUUUAUCUAUUCUUAAAAAACAUUUGAUUGCAGUUUGAAGAUCAUUAGUCUACACAGCCAACGUCUGUGCCUAUGUAAGUGUUUAAAGCUAAAAUUAUAUAUUUCACAUAGUAAAAGUUAAAAAAAAAAUUAAAGCAGUUUUAGACAUUUAGCUUAAGUUAUACAGCCUACGUUUUGCUACUAUGCGAGGAUUACAAACUCCUGCAAGAAGUAUUUGCAUUAACUUGUUAUAGUUUUAUAAGAUGGAUGAAAAAAAUAAAAAGAUGAAACUCAGUACAACUGCACAAUGCUACCGUUACGGAAGUGAGCUGUGGGUAGCCAUUUUGAACUUGUUGAUAGCGAACAAGGUUGGAAUAUUUGGCUAGUUACCAAAACUAAACAGGUAUGGUAAUAUUUAAAUCUUGUAAUCUGUAGUUUAAUUUAAGUAUAUUUUGUUAUAUUGUGCCAGCAGUUUCAUUGUUUUUAAAAUAUUUAAUGCUAUCCGAAAUGUUGCAACUUGUCUCAUCCUUAGCUUCAAACGAAAGUUCUCGAGCUAACAGUUAGCCGUUGGCUAGCGUUCACUUUUUAUUUUCUCAACCAGUGAAUAACCAAUGUGUCAGCAUGCUGUUUUCUUUGAUAAUUUUAAAUAGAUAGUGCUUUUCCAAGGGUGUUUAGUAUCUUGCGCUAUUGUGUUGUCAUAUAUUAGAAUGAAUUAUUAUUGUGUCGUCUCAUUUGCAUAAUUGGAGAUUAACUUUAAAUUUAAAUAAAAUACGCUAUGUACGUAGUGAA